AUGGCCAGUUCUUUUCUAUCCAUCUACUCUGAUAGCUGGACUCUGUCCGAGCGACCCGGGUCAAACUUGAUCCAACUCGAGGCGCAGACCGGCACUGGAAGUGACUCUUGUUCCAGUACUAGUCAUAAACUUCGCCGACUAACGGCUGAGCCGGAGUUGGCCGAACCCCUUUUAACCGAUUCAACGCUUGCCGCGCUUUCUAUUGCAGAACGUUCUACAGAAACUUUACGACGCGUAAGCGAAAGUAUGCGACGAGAUCACGUGCCGGUUUCCCCGCAGUUAAUCAUGCAUCGUCACGCGUGGGACGUAGAGAAACCUGCACAAGCGCGGUUCCCGCUGGACCACGUGCCCAUCAAAUGCAACAUUCUGCAGGCGCUAUGCGAUCUUCUCAGCGAGUAUCUGAGCCGCGUGAAUGCUGCAGGCCCGGGGCCUGCAGCGACGGCGCCGCUCGAGCAUGUCGCCAAGGUGCUGCACUAUCUUAACAAGCUGAUCCAGGCUGCACAGCUGGACCCUGGCAUGCAGCUGCAGCUGCAGCUGCAUGCGCAACACCGCCGUGCGGUGUCUUCUGCUGAGUCGCAUGACGGCGAGUUCGGCUCCGGCAGGUCGCGCAUCUUCAACCGGUUCUUCGCCCCGGCUAAGAGCCGCGGAGCCUCUUCUGCCAACUCCCACACACAUACCCGCACCGUUUCCGCGGCUACCAAGAGCACAAUCACGGUGAUGCCGGUCGGUUCCGCCGCCGCUGGCACCGGCUCAUCUCCAGAAGAACCCGGUCCAUCUUUGGGAUCGGCUCAUAAGAUACAGGACUAUGCUAGCAUGCACACCUACAAAGAAAGCAUAGCAUCGCUCGCAGCAGUGCUGCGAACCGUGCCACAUACAGACCAGAACAAUAUUGUGUUUCAUUUUGUCGACCAUAGCAUCAAUCCAUUUAUCAUAAAAGACUGCAGGGCGUUGCUGCGCUACUACGUGGAACAAGAAACUAUCUUACGACUGUAG